GCAUGUCAAUAUGUCAUCAUCAAUUUCAUCAUCCAUUAAUCGAGUCUCUCUUAUGUUGCAUUUCCACCUUAAUUUCAGAAGAUUCGUAAAAUAAUCCCUCCAAAACGCAGGUAAUUUCAUCCGUACAGUUCCUCCAUCAAUUCAUUGACUACACCCUUCUCACUCUCAUACUCUCAGUUUGAUGCAUUGAGAUCCUGACGUUUUGACCGAGUAGGAAUGUGGAAGUUGAAGAUAGCAGAAGGGGGUAGCCCUUGGCUAAGGACUACAAACAAUCAUGUCGGUAGACAAAUUUGGGAGUUCGACCCAAAUCUUGGAACUCCUGAACAAAUUAGAGAGGUUGAGGAGGCUCGCGAGAACUUUUGGAAGAACCGUUUUGAACAAAAGCACAGUUCAGAUUUACUCAUGCGAAUGCAGUUUGCCCAGGAAAAUUCAAGUAAUGUUGUCUUACCUCAAGUGAAAGUAAAAGACGAAGAUGAAAUAACAGAGGAAACUGUUGCCACCACUCUAAGAAGGGCUCUCAGCUAUCAAUCCACUAUCCAGGCGCAUGAUGGGCACUGGCCUGGUGAUUAUGGUGGUCCUAUGUUCUUGAUGCCUGGUUUGGUAAUUGCAUUGUCAGUAACUGGAGCUCUAAAUGCAGUCUUAUCAAAAGAGCAUCAAAAGGAAAUGUGUCGUUACCUCUACAACCAUCAGAACAAAGAUGGUGGGUGGGGUUUGCACAUUGAAGGCCAUAGUACCAUGUUUGGUACUGUUUUGACAUAUGUUACCUUAAGGUUGCUUGGUGAAGGAGUGGAUGACGGUGAUGGAGCAAUGGAGAGGGGACGCAAAUGGACUUUGGAACAUGGAAGUGCUACUGCAAUCACAUCAUGGGGGAAAAUGUGGCUUUCAGUACUUGGGGUGUUCGAAUGGGCUGGAAACAAUCCAAUGCCUCCAGAGACAUGGCUUUUACCAUAUAUUCUUCCUGUUCAUCCAGGAAGAAUGUGGUGUCACUGUCGAAUGGUUUAUUUGCCUAUGUCAUACUUAUAUGGAAAGAGAUUUGUGGGUCCUAUAACACCAACAGUUUUGUCACUGCGAAGGGAGCUAUUUGAUGUCCCAUAUCAUGAAAUAGAUUGGGAUCGAGCCCGUAAUGAAUGUGCAAAGGAAGAUUUGUACUAUCCCCACCCCUUGGUGCAGGAUAUACUUUGGGCAUCCCUUCACAAAGCUGUUGAACCUAUUUUGAUGCGAUGGCCGGGGAAAAAAUUGAGAGAGAAGGCCCUCUCCACUGUCAUGGAGCACAUACACUAUGAAGAUGAGAACACUCGAUAUAUAUGCAUUGGGCCUGUAAACAAGGUGUUAAAUAUGCUUUGUUGUUGGGUGGAAGAUCCAAAUUCAGAGGCUUUCAAGCUACAUCUUCCCCGAAUUCCAGAUUUUCUUUGGAUUGCCGAGGAUGGCAUGAAAAUGCAGGGUUACAAUGGUAGCCAAUUAUGGGAUACUACUUUUAUGGUUCAAGCAAUUUUAGCGACGAACCUUGGAGAAGAAUAUGGUGGAACUCUUAGAAAAGCACAUAACUUCAUAAAAGAUUCACAGGUUAGAGAAGAUUGUCCUGGGGAUCUUAGUUAUUGGUAUCGCCAUAUCUCUAAAGGGGCCUGGCCUUUCUCAACUGCUGAUCACGGAUGGCCCAUUUCAGAUUGUACAGCCGAAGGAUUGAAAGCUGCUCUUUUAUUAUCAAAAGUUCCUUCAGAUAUAGUUGGUGAGCCUUUGGAAGUGAAGCGUCUAUAUGAUUCUGUAAACGUACUUCUUUCUUUACAGAAUGGAGAUGGAGGGUUCGCGACAUAUGAACUUACACGAUCCUACCCUUGGCUAGAGUUAAUAAAUCCAGCUGAAACUUUUGGUGACAUCGUUAUUGACUAUCCUUACGUUGAGUGUACUUCAGCUGCUAUUCAAGCGUUAGUAUCAUUCAAAAGAUUGUAUCCUGGUCAUAGGAGAGAAGAGAUAGAGAAUUGCAUUAAAAAGGCUGCAAAGUUCAUCGAAGAUAUUCAAGCAGCAGACGGUUCAUGGUAUGGCUCAUGGGCAGUUUGCUUUACGUAUGCCACAUGGUUUGGAAUUAAGGGAUUGGUCGCAGCUGGAAAGAACUAUGACAAUUGCCCCGCCAUUCGUAAAGCCUGUGACUUUCUGUUAUCAAAACAGCUUUCUAAUGGUGGCUGGGGAGAGAGCUAUCUAUCUUGUCAGAACAAGGUAUAUUCAAAUAUCGAGGGCAACAAAGCUCAUGUAGUAAAUACAGGGUGGGCAAUGCUGGCUCUAAUUGGCGCUGGGCAGGCCAAAAGAGAUCCGAUGCCACUGCACCGAGCAGCUAAAGUGUUGAUCAAUUCCCAAAUGCCAAAUGGAGAUUUUCCACAGCAGGAGAUCAUGGGUGUUUUCAACCGGAACUGCAUGAUAACUUAUGCUGCAUACAGAAACAUCUUCCCGACUUGGGCUCUUGGUGAAUAUCGAACUCAAGUGCUUCAGAAAUAGUGACAACUGACAAGUAUGCCCCCCUUUCAUCAGACAAUGUACUUCAGAAUGCUCUAUAUUUGCUCAAAACUUGAAAAAUCUAAGUGAAUGUUCCAUUGCACUCCAGUAAGAAGCUGUCAAUACUUCCUAAUAUAAUUAUGAUGUACAAAUAACAUUUUUCCAACUUCAGUUAUGAAUGGAAAUUGUUACAUUAUUUCCAGUAAA